UCUCUCUCUCUCUCUCUCCAGUCAGACACAUAAAAACACUCGCAAUCUAACGUGAAACCGCUUGGUGGGAUACCGAACAUUAUAUCCAGUCUCUGUCUGCCUAUCGUCGAGAUCGCAAGCCGAACCUUUCCGACAACGCAAGCCAUAAUCCAAGUCUGCAAUUUAAUGCAGUAUGGGGCUGACCGAACUAGGCUGACACAUAAAAAACAAACAAACGGACACUUAUGACAAACCAUGUCGCCGUGGCCGUGUUUUGCGGUGAUGCUACUGGUCGUCCGGUCUAUCGGUACGCAGCCCACCAAGCCCCCGUUAUGCCAAUCCGUAUAUGGCAUACGGAUGAGUCGGACCGGAUCUCUCGAAAAAGUGUUGGAUGCCGUUCGCUGCCAAAAUGCCGACACGGCUUUCAUCAAAAGUUUUCUCCAACAGAUCAAGCCGCAGGUGGCGGCUGACGCUUUAUUAGAACUCGAAAUCAGCGACUGUGCACUCCCGUCGCUAUCCGGGCCAGAUUCGCUGGCCCGCAUCGGCUUGCGACGCUUGAGCGUCCACCAGAGUGGACUGCAAAGUUUAACCAUCGACAGUUUGGCCGGCCAAGAAAACGUUCUGGAGGAGCUCGAUCUGAGCGGCAAUUUUCUAGAGGAAAUCCCGGCAGCCAUCCGGAAUUUAACGGCCCUGGUUCGGAUGGAUCUCAGCAGAAAUCGCAUCCGCUCGCUGCCGCAGGGCGCCGUCUUCUUCCACUUGCUCAAACUCCGGCAUCUCAAUUUGAACUACAACAGACUGGGAUACCUGGACAAUGUUCGCUAUCCAUCCGGAGUGGCCAUCGGCCAAACAUUGCCGUUGGCUAUUUUCAAUUUAGAGCCGCUCAGGGAUCACAUCGAAACGAUUCAGUUACGUUCCAACAACCUGACGGCUUUUCCCGACCAAUUUUCACGGCCUUUCGGGCGCUUACGUCAACUCGACCUGUCGCACAAUAAUUUUCAAAGUAUGCCGCUCGAAUCCUUUUCAAAAAUGCCUCAACUCGGCUGGCUGAAAUUGGACAACAAUAAGCUUGACCAAGUGCCCGUCCUUCAAUUGCCUUCGUCAUUGAAGACCAUUUCGAUCAGAGGGAACCCAGUGCGAUGCGACUGUGGCGCUGUGUGGCUUUGGCAGUGGAGCGAGACGCGCAAGAAUUUGACUGACGGAGGCGAACUCGAAAUGGAUCACUGCGUUCAUCCUGAACGCUGGAAAGGUCGUCACUUGGCAGACCUCCCGCAAGACUUUUGCAAGGGCAAUGAAACGUCUAGCGCAAAACGUGAAGAGGACGACACGGAAAGCAUCUUGCGAUCUGUCUCAAUCAGCGCCAUCCCGUUCUCGGAUCGAAUCAACAUGACGAUACAAAUAACAGCCAACACCUCGACACCUUUGAAUUGGACCAUCAAUUACCGGCAAUUCGGAAGUGGAAAAAUGGAGGAAGUAUCCGUCGGAGAGGUACUUUCAAAAAAUAAAACGCAGACUCUAGUCAACCUGACGUCUUCCACUGGCUACCAAGUUUGCGUCCACUUGGCCGGAAGUCCCAAAGAUCAACAACGAUGCUUGGAAGUCGUUACGCUCGCAGAAAAGAUAACGUCGUAUCCGGUGACUGAAAUGGCUGUUGCCGCUUCCGUUUCAACGUCUACGACGUUGGUCAUCGUCAUCUUGGUUUGCUGUUGCUGUCCGAGUAUCAAGUGCGGUAAAAAGAACAAGAAGGACCAAAACGGCACGCUAGAUGGCAGCAGUAAGGACGAAGUCGAGCAAAAAAACAAAGUCAUAACGUUCGCGUCAUCGGCGGGCACCACUUCGGAACCGACGGCCAUUUGGAUCAACGGCGAACACGUCCAGCAGGGACAAUUUUCCACUUUCCGCGGACCUGGACGACCACAACAUCGGCCAUCUAUCGACGAUCAGAGUCAUCAAGUGUUCCAAGCGACGUGCAAUUAUCUACGAGAGAGAGCACUCGAUCCAUUAAGAGGCUUAGGUAAUCGAAAAAACGACGGCCAGCUCUUAGAGAUUGUCCAGCCCCGUCGGCAUUCCAUGACUGCCCAGCUGCCCAUCUACCUCACGCCGAUAGCCGACGGUCAACUGAAUCCUUUGGCUGAGCAAAGGCGCUUUCCCAACGGCAACAGCGUGCAUUACUUUAAUUCUAGUUACGGACUGACCGAGUUCCAUCCUGGCCAGUCACAUCCCGGCCCACUGGGCGAUCAAUACAAAUAUUGCACUUGGAGGCCGUCCAAAAAGCUUCGACAUCCGCCCCUACUGAGCAAUUGGACCAGCUAUCCGGAUUUCCUUGCCAACAGCCGUUCGUUCCAGCAUCCGCUAUCACCAUCCCAACCGAACGUCGGCGUUCCAGUCUUCUCGAUGACCGCAUCAUGUCGCGCACGACGCAAGCGCGACCGUUUCUACUGGUCCGCUGCCCCGGCUCCCAUCCAUACCGUGGACAUGCAAUUUUGAAAGUGACGUAGAUGAUCACCAUCAUCAUCACGCGGUCGUCCAGUUUUCUAACGGACCAAUUUCGACGGCUAUCGGGUAACAAGUCAUCAACAGCAAUAAAUAAAAAACAAACAAACAUAAUAUACGAUGUAGACUUAUUGGACCUUGUUACUAAUCUAGACUUCUCUCACACUUUCACGAGAGAUGUUUUCGAAAAGAACUUUCAAAAGAAACUGAUGACAUGUUGUGAUAAGCGUGUCGAUAUGCAUUCUUGCUCCCGUCAUUUGACUCGUUUUAUUUUUACCAACCGAUGUUGUACUUUCUUUUCUUUUUUUUUUCGCCUCCAUUUUCUCUAUAUGGAACACUGAAUUUUCCACACACAAAAAAAAAAAAACCCAAUAAUUUGUGCAACAGACUUUUUGUUUUCGAGUCUAGAGCGACUCUUCAAAUACAUUAGAGGUUUGACUCUUUUGAGAUAAAUA